AUGGGAUGCUUUGAAUCGCGGAAUAAAUCAAAAGAAGUGUCGAAUUAAAAUACUGAAUAACCUUAAACGCAUGAAGAUGUAAAGAUAGAUAUCCAAAAUAAGUAAGACCUUGAAAAUAAUACACCCAAAGAUAUAUAGAAAUAGAUAGUUAUUGAGCCUUCUAUUUCAAUUGAUGACGAUAAUAGCAGUAAUUAACCUAUGAAACAUUUCGAUGAAUAAAUUAGAAAUGCUUUUUUAAAAAAAUAGGCAAAACCUAAGAUUUAAAAAAAAAAUAUCCAUCGUGAUUUGUCUCCCAAAAGAAAUCAAGAAUAAAAGUUAACCGAUUUAAAAAGAUAUUCUUCUUAAAAAUGUAUUGAGGGAUACUAAAUAUCUAAAAACAAGUUGCUUCACUAAAAAUAUAGAUAAAUUAAUAGAAAUAGGAUGUAAAAUAGAAUAAAUAAACAUAUAUAAGAAUAAUAAUAAACUAAUUUACAAAAUAAUCAAAUACAAAUAAAUUAAUAGAUGAUUAUAGAGCCCUUAGAGGAACAAGAAGUAGCUGGUCAGUAUUCAAGAAAGAAUAGCGAAAGUCAGUGUUCACUUUUAGAGAUUGAUAUAAUUUGUUACAUUUGUCAGACAAAGAUUUAAACUAAUAUCUUCCAACCAGAUUGUUUGCACCAUUAUCAUUAAAAUUGCUUAUACGAAUUAAUUACUUAACAAAUCUCAAAGAAAUAAUUACAGAUUAAUUGUAUAUGCAAUAAAGUCAUUCCAACUAAAUUUAUUGCAUUUGUCUUAAAGUAGAAAGUUGAGAGUGAUCAUUAAAAUUCAGCCUAAGAUUAUUUGGAGACAUACUUUAAAAAUUAAUACGAUUUCUUAACAUAAAACUUAUUUUGA